CGCCGACAGAUGUCACGUAACAGCAGCGCACUCAAGGUUAGGGUUGUAUAUGUGUUUAUUAAGCGCGUGCUACACGAGAAUGGACUCACACUGGAGUAAUACACUGGGGGCAGUGGCAUUAUAACAGGAUGCAUAUUGUUGAUUUCGUGUCUGGAUCUAUUGCAGGGGCGUGUGGGGUUGCAGUGGGCUAUCCUCUGGAUACUGUGAAGGUUCGGAUUCAAACGCAAAAGCAGUUUACUGGGAUAUGGCAAUGUACAAAGGCAACAUUUUUAAAAGAAGGGGUAUAUGGCUUCUUCAAAGGUAUGGCCAUACCUGUUACCACAAUCUCUAUGACUUCUUCGGUGGUGUUCGGCACAUAUAGAAACUGCCUUCAAUGCCUGAGCCAGUCACGAGGAGCUGGUAAUGGUGAAAACACUAAACUUGACGUUUUCCUGUCCGGUAUGGCAGCAGGGGUGACUCAGAUUUCAGUGAUGUCUCCAGGUGACUUAGUGAAAGUACGUCUCCAGUGUCAGACUGAGUCCAAGCGAGGACCAGCCAACAUGCCCAAACCUAAGUACCGUGGUCCAAUUCACUGUCUGCUGAGCAUAAUGAAAGAGGAGGGCUUCCUGGGGCUCUACAGAGGAUCUUCUGCACUCAUGCUGCGAGAUGGACCUUCCUAUGCCACGUACUUUUUAACUUACACAGCCAUCUGUGACUGGAUGACAGAAGCUGACAAGAAAAAACCAGACUGGAGCGUUGUAAUGUUGGCAGGAGGACUAGCAGGAUCAGCAGCAUGGACUAUAGCAACACCCAUGGACGUGAUCAAAGCCCGUCUACAGAUGGACGGAGCGCGGGAGGUGAAACGAUAUAAGGGCUUUGUGCACUGUGUCACCGAGACCGUGCGCGUGGAGGGAGCGAGGGUUUUUUUCCGCAGCUUAGGCAUGAACGUUGUGCGAGCGUUCCCUGCCAACAUGGUCAUAUUUCUUGCAUAUGAGUUACUCACCGAUCUCAUCCGAGGAAGAACUGGCAGUGAUGAUCCUCAUGUGGUUGUACUGGAAUAACAAUAACUACCUCGAGGCUCAGUUGAUGUUUUUACACGUUAACUGUGGUAUUACAUAUUUAAAGACAAAUGGCAGCACAGCAUAAUAUGGUCAGUGUUAUAUACGUGGGUCAGUAUCACUAUAAGGUGCUUUUCAGACUUCAAAAUGUAAAAAAAAAGACAUGAAAUUUUCCACUUAACUUUACGUUCAAUGUGUUAAAUCGACUGUAGGCUGAUAGAAAUGCAUUUGGGUUAAGCUCCCACAGUACAAGCAGACCACAUAAUAU